GUUCCUUGUUGAACAUGAGGGUGGUGAAAAGUUCCGUAAUACUCCUUUUUUGUUUGUUGGCUGUGCAAGAUGCAUUUGGCCGCCGGCAGCCUCGCCUCAGUCAUCACGGGAAGAUAGUUGGUGGCUACAACACCACAAUCGAGAACUUUCCAUACCAAGUAUAUUUGUUACUGAGAAAAGGUACUAAUUACUUCCAGUGCGGAGGAUCCAUUCUCAAUGAUCAGAAUAUUCUGACGGCUGCUCAUUGCUUGGCUGGAAUGCAAGAAGUUUUCGUAAGAGCUGGUAGUACAGAUUCAAACGAUGGCGGAACAAUGUACUCAACUACGAGCUUUUCCCAGCAUCCACGCUAUAAUUCAAGGACCAGUGAUUACGACGUCGGUUUGGUGAGACUUCGCCAGCGGAUUCCAUUGGACGGUACAAACACUAGAGCUGUGACUCUGGUAUCUAGAGGUGCUAGUAUUCCUGCGGGAGAUAAUGUAACAGUAUCGGGUUGGGGCGCAACAUCUGAAAACGGUCAAACUAGCAAGAACUUGAUGGCGGUACAGGUGCCGGUUGUGUCUAAUGCAGAUUGCCGUACGACGUAUGGUAACAGCAUUACUUCGAGAAUGUUCUGUGCUGGUGUUCCCGAGGGUGGUAAAGAUUCCUGUCAGGGAGAUUCAGGAGGACCAGUUGUGUUUUCGUCAUCACAAACACAAGCUGGGGUCGUCUCCUUUGGGAUUGGAUGUGCUCGAGAGGGUACACCAGGUGUUUAUAGCAACUUAGCAAACCCUGCUAUUCGUACCUGGAUAAAACUACGAACCGGAGUUUAAUAUAUAAUGUAUAUAUAUAUACAAAUAUAGACAAAACAUUCCAGGUACAUGACCUCGGCAUGUAGGAAAAUUAGGCACUUGUAUGGCACUGUUUACUCAUUGCACGUUUGUUUUAUGAAAUAAAUGUUACGUUGGA